GUGCGAGGGGGGCGACGUAAGGGCGCUUCGCGAACCCGUCUCUCCUCGAAUGAAAGGAAACAACCUCCGGCGACAGAGCCCCGCUCUCAGUUGCUGCGGGAGAACUGAGACCGACUUCUUUCUCUUUCCCCUCAUUGGCGCUUGUCUCUGCCGUCCGCUUCUGGACCCGGCUGCUUUUCUUGAGACUUAAAGUGGCAUUUUAAAGGCAAUUUAAAAAUCAUGUCAAGCUCAAUUGAACAGAAAAAAGGGCCUACAAGACAGCGCAAAUGUGGCUUUUGUAAGUCAAAUAGAGACAAGGAAUGUGGACAGUUACUAAUAUCAGAAAACCAGAAGGUGGCAGCACACCAUAAGUGCAUGCUCUUUUCAUCUGCUUUGGUAUCAUCACACUCUGAUAAUGAGAGUCUUGGUGGAUUUUCUAUUGAAGAUGUCCAAAAGGAAAUUAAAAGAGGCACAAAGCUGAUGUGCUCUUUGUGCCACUGUCCUGGAGCAACAAUUGGUUGUGAUGUGAAAACAUGUCACAGGACAUACCACUACCACUGUGCAUUGCAUGAUAAGGCUCAAAUACGAGAGAAACCUUCACAAGGAAUUUACAUGGUUUAUUGUCGAAAACACAAGAAAACUGCGCAUAAUUCUGAAGCAGCUGAUUUAGAAGAAAGUUUUAAUGAGCAUGAACUGGAGCCUUCAUCUCCAAAAAGUAAAAAGAAAAGCCGCAAAGGAAGACCAAGGAAAACUAAUUUUAAAGGAUUAUCAGAAGAUACCAGGUCCACAUCUUCUCAUGGGACAGAUGAAAUGGAAAGUAGUUCCUAUAGAGACAGGUCUCCACACAGAAGCAGCCCCAGUGACACCAGGCCUAAAUGUGGAUUUUGUCAUGUAGGGGAGGAAGAAAAUGAAGCAAGGGGAAAGCUGCAUAUAUUUAAUGCCAAGAAGGCAGCUGCACAUUACAAGUGCAUGUUGUUUUCUUCUGGUACAGUCCAGCUAACAACAACAUCAAGAGCAGAAUUUGGAGAUUUUGAUAUUAAAACUGUACUUCAGGAGAUUAAGCGAGGAAAAAGAAUGAAAUGUACACUUUGCAGUCAGCCUGGUGCUACUAUUGGAUGUGAAAUAAAAGCCUGUGUGAAGACCUACCAUUACCACUGUGGAGUUCAAGACAAAGCUAAAUACAUUGAAAAUAUGUCACGAGGGAUUUACAAACUAUAUUGUAAAAACCAUAGUGGAAAUGAUGAGAGAGAUGAAGAAGAUGAGGAACGAGAGAGUAAAAGCCGAGGAAAAGUAGAAAUUGAUCAGCAACAAACUCAGCAGCAACUUAACGGAAACUAGGUCCAACACCAGUGUCUACUGUUACCAGAUUGAUCUGCUUCUCUAUCAUAUGUCACUCAUUUCACUAUGCA